CCCACUGGGGUACUAGCAGCAGUUGUCCAAUCAGAAGGACGGUAUUUCUCAGAAUGAUAUUGCAAGGACGACAAAGUGGUUCUUCUGGGGAUCGUCAAUAUGGGGGGUAUACGAACUGUCGUUGCGUGGCGACGUGGACAGCCAAGGCAGAAGACGCCACGGCGAUGCAUAAAGAGAGACUCUCCCCUUUAUGAGGGGUCAGGAGAGCACAUAGGCCGUGAGAAAACUUCUUCAUUCAAUUCAAUACUACCUUUUGUCAGAUCCUUUUUUGCUUCUCAUCUGCACUCAAAUGGUCAAGUCCAACCUCAUGACAGUUGCAACCGCAGCUGCGAUCUUCUCUGCUACCAUCAGCGCGCACCCAGGACACAGUCUAGAGGAAGAGAUAGCCGAACGGUCGGCAUACCUUAAGCGUGGUGUCAGCAACCUCAACCACUGCGCUGACAAACUUCAAGCCAGAGGCUACGAGAAGCGAUCCAUCAAUCGUCGAGUGGCCAAGGUGCAGGAGUUGAGAGAUGAGGUUCUGCGGAAGAAGAGAUCCCUCAUGGCUCGACAAGAGUCCGGAAUAGCCUCAUCCACCGCCGUACCUACCGACGUCUCAGCCUCCGGCGCAGCUCCUUCUGAUGCCUCAGGUGCUGCUCCAACGGGGAGCUCUGGUGGUGAUGCAGGCGGAGGUGGUACUGCGUACAUCAGUGACUUUGGGGCCACCGUUGCCAAUACGAGCCACGAGUCAAGCUUGGAUGUCACUCCAUGGACGACGGACUAUGAGUCGGUCAUCUACGGAAACUCAUCCUGCAUCCUGAACCCCGAAGGCGAGACUGGGCCAUACUAUGUCCAAGGUGAAUUUGUCCGUCACGAUAUCACUGAGGCCCAGCCUGGUGUGCCAGUCUAUCUCGAAGAGCAGUUCAUCAAUGUCAAUACCUGCGAGCCCAUCACCAGCAUAUAUGCUGAUAUCUGGCACUGCAACAGCACAGGUGUAUAUGCUGGCGUCGUCGCCAAUGGCAAUGGUAACGAAAACGACACGGCCAACAUCAACGCCACCUUCCUCCGCGGCAUCCAGAAGACUGAUUCUGAUGGUGUUGCGGGCUGGCGAACCAUCUUCCCUGGAUACUACUCUGGCCGUGCCACGCAUAUCCAUAUGAUAACCCAUACCAAUGUAACGGUCCUUGCCAACGAUACCAUCUCCGGUGGCACGAUCAGGCACAUUGGUCAAGUGUUCUAUGACCAGGACUUGAUCGACUAUAUCAACGACAAUGUAUAUCCAUAUACGACGAACACUAUCACACCGACAGACAAUGACGAGGAUAGGGUCUUCAUCACAGAGACCAAUACUGAUAGUGACCCGGUGCUCAACUAUGUGCUGCUCGGUGAAAAGGUCGAGGAUGGGCUGUUCGCUUGGAUUACCAUUGGCGUGGACCCUGAUUCUGAAUACACAACCAGUGCGGCGAGUGUCUUGACUGAUGAGGGCGGGUAUAGUACUGGGAACAGUGAAGUUGUUUGAAACAAUGUGUGGUGCAUUAAUUGGCGAACAGAACAUGGCAAUUCAGUAUGAGAGAGAUAGGGGAAACGAAGUUACAGUAGAUCGCUGCAAGUGUCUUAG